UGAUAUAAAUUGUCGUACAAAUUCUUCCUUUCCACUGUGUCGACGUUUGGCUAAUAUUCAGACUACAUACUUUUAACCACAAAACGGUAGCGGGUUUCUUUCUACAUGCAAGCGCUGUACUACGAGAAUUCACUGCAGUCCCUUGAACGGGCUUCCGGUUCGUUUUCUGACAAGUGGGUAAUAGCUGCCUGACAUUUCGCCUGUAUUAAAUUUGCGAAUGUUCAAGCACGGGCUCUUUUUCCAUAAUACAAUGCAUCGGUAAUAUUGAUACGAACUGAAUUCAUCGAUACUAUUAGGUUAGAGUGCAGCCCGAAAUUUUGUCGAUUGUAUUUAAUGUAUGGAAGGUAAGAGGUUUUACGUUUCAGAAGAUCCAGGCUGCUUUGGCAAGAUGAUCAAACCAAGACAGGAAAUUAGGCCCUAUGAAUAUCCACAGACUGUGGAAUUCAGUGGUCAAGAGGAUCAGCAUUCCAUUGAGUUGGACAGUACCAAUGUUACCAUUAUUCCAUCAUCUGGAGGUCAUGAUCAUGGCAGUUCGAAAGUCAAAUUGAAAAAUAUAGUAGAUUUCACAUGGGAACAUAGGUUCUACACAGGGCAGCUAUUAGCUGUUCAUAUGUCAGGGAAAUAUCUUGCCUAUGGCAUCAAAGCUGCAUCUGGCGGGGGUAUGGUCAGAGUUGUUAAUAAAGAAAUGGAACAAAGAGCAUUAUUGAGAGGCAUGAAUGGAUCCAUACAAGAUCUUGCCUUUGCCCACAUCUCGCACGCAAUUUUGGCUUGUGUGGAUUAUAUAGGAUGUUUGUUCGUGUAUUCCAUUGAAUCAACGUCUACCAAGUUGGUGUGUAAUCUGAUAUUGCAAGUCGAUGCAGAAGACAUAUCACCUACAAGUCACAGAGUCAUCUGGUGUCCCUAUAUCCCAGAGGAUGAAUCUGGAGAUUCUGACGAAGUUUCAAAACUUCUUGUAUUAACACGGGGCUCAAAAGCUGAAUUAUGGUCAAUUGCAAAUGUCGCAGCACGAAAGGGUCCUGGCCCCAUACAAGCUACAGAUCACACAAUAAAGGAAACCGGUGGUAUGCUAGAGAUCAGCCAGCACACAGGAGCAAUUAUAGAAGCUACAUUCAGCCCAGACGGUACAGCUCUGGCUACAGCUAGUUUAGAUGGGGAGGUAAAGUUCUUUCAGGUAUAUAUGCAUGGUAAUUCAUGCGCUGGCCAAACGCAGCCACGAUGUUUGCACCAGUGGAGGCCACACGACGGACGUCCGAUAUCUUGUUUAUUUUUUCUUGACGACCACAAGAGCUAUCAGCCCGACGCCCAAUUCUGGAGAUUUGCAAUAACGGGAUGCGACAAUAAUUCAGAAUUAAAAGUAUGGUCUUGCGAAUUGUGGACAUGCCUCCAAACAAUAAAAUUUGAGCCAACACCUACCACCGGCAAGAUGCCCGUUUUGAAAGCUGGCCUAGACCUCAGUGCCGGAUACUUGUUACUCUCAGACAUAUACAACAAAGUUUUAUAUAUACUGAGUCUAGCGAAAGACAGUGGCGAAGCACUCGCAUGUGUCAGUACCGUUUCCGAGUUCCUUCUACCAUACCCCAUACUGAGUUUUGGCAUUGUCGAUGCCGGUCAGCGCAGAGUCCGACCCACAGGAGAGUCUCUCGAAGAUCUUUGCCCGUGCGAGGACGAUAUUGAAGAUCAGCUGGUGGUACGCAUGUACCUUGUCCAGCCAAAGUCUCUUCAGGAGUGCCACAUCGCAUUCAGGCCGGCCACGCAUGUUAGUGGUUCGUGCCUUAUGGAUACACUCACUCACGAUUCCCUCGAUUAUUCGGAAGAUCUACCGGAUAUGGGAACGGUUAAUCACAAUGGAAAUGCCGAAGAAGAAAAUGGCGAGGAGGAUCGUUCCGUCUCUACAACCAUGGAAGCAUCCGCGAAUCACAAUGCCGGAUUGAAUCUUAUGACUCCCGACGCUUUUAGUUCUCCUGCUAAAAAAGAUGGCAAUACUCUCGAUUCGAAUCCUGCCAGUCCGGAUUUGGAAAAUGUACUCUCCGGUAGUCCAUCCUUGGCUCAAGCCGUACAGGCUUUGAAUGCAUCCGAUCCACCAUUAGCCACGAGUGAAGUUGAGGAACAAGCACCAGCAAGUGGUGGAAGCAGCCCUUCGAGGGAAGUGCGGGAAAUUCUGUCACUAGCGGAACCUGAACCCGAAGAGGAAGUCAAACCAGAAUUUGUUCUCGACGACGACGACAUUUGGGAGCAUACCCCACCAGUUUUAUUAAAGGAUGUCAGUGUGCAUGCAAUGCAAGAGACGGAGGAAUUUCCCGAGGAAGAGGAUAAUGAUGAACGACGAACAUUAUCCAAGGCAGGAGUGGAAUCGAAUGUCGGCCUGAAUACUGCUGACAAGAAUUGGCGCAUGACGAACGACAGUCAUAUGCUGGCAUUGAACAGAAAGUUGGAUUCUCUUCUCGAGACAGUACAGAAUCAGCGUCAGGAACUCAGGGAAUUGAGAACAGAAGUUACCCGGUUGCGCCAGACAACACCAGUGACGACGAGGAUCGAAUCUGCCCUAACCAGGGCGUCCCAGCAACAGAACGCCUCUCUAGAGCAAGCGAUGCACAGCCAACUGACUCGACAACAGGAAGUCCUGAGUUCUCUCGAGAAUACGAUCAAAGAGAAGAUCUUCACGAGUCUUCCACGAAUGCUGGAAUAUGGUGUAGAACCUCUGAGGCAUCAACUGGCACAGAUAGACGAUGUCCUUAAGGAUAGUUUGACAGAACUGAUAAACGGCUCGCAAUUAAAAGAUACGCUUGCACUGGUAGCAGCUAAUUCGGCUAAAACAGCUUUGGACAUCGCUUUCAAGGAGUCCUUCACAAACGUUUUACUUCCUGGUAUGGAGAGAGCUUGUCAAAAUAUGUUUAGGCAGGUGCAGGAUGCCUUUGCCAAAGGCACGCAAGAGUAUCUGCAAAAGGUGGAACAGCUCCUGAUAAAACAAGCCCAGCGAAAUAAUGAACAACAGAGUGCAAUUCUGGCUACAUCCGUUCGAGAAGAACUGCAAAACGAAUUGACCAGAGGCCUAUCUGCGAUUCAGGAAGGAACAGCUAGAACGGUUCGUGACUCCAUCCGGGAGCAUCUCAAUCAACAUUUCACAGAACUGAGUGGAGCGCGAUCUCGAGCCACUACACCUGGAAUCCCUGUUCCUGCCGUGGCCGAUGCGCAAGCCCGUGUCCUGUCCCUUCUUCAGCGUGGUCAAUUGAAUGCCGCGUUUCAACAGGCUCUUAGUGCUAGCGACCUAGGACUCGUAGUCCUAGUAUGCGAUCGCACUGAACCUUCUCGUGUCUUUUCGUGUCCCCUGGGUCCACAGGGUCAAGGAUCCAGAUGUAUUCUACAACAGCCUGUGAUCCUUUCUCUUGUUCAGCAACUCUCCGCCGACCUAGGACACCGUACCGAACUUAAGCACAGAUGGCUGGAAGAAGCGAUCCUCAACCUGGAUCCUACUGAUCCCGUAACGCGGGAACACAUGGGCAACGUAUUAAUGACUCUUCAAAAUCAAUUGGCCACUUUCGUAGCAGCGAACCCGAAUCAUCGAUCAGCCAGACGUAUGAAGAUGCUGGCUAUGGGUGCCAGAGCGCUUCUAAAUCAACACCCUUGACCGACAUGUCAUUGAAAACGCACUUAGAUUACUCUUAAGGUUUUAACAAUUUCUAAUAAGGAAUGGUCGGAUGAAUUUACGCGUAUUUCAACGUCAAAGCAAUAUCGCGAGCUGCGCGUUCAAGACUGGGAUUCUUGUUGCAAUUCACUUAAAGUGAAGAGGAGGAGUGUGCGUUCCGAUUCAAUCCGAUACUAUUCCUACUCUCGGCUCUCCGCUUAUAUUUUUCUUCGUCUCUCCUCCCUCAUACUUCAUCCAAAAUACUUUAUCAAGUGACGCGAACUCGGACUUAGUCUAGACUGAGAAGCAACUUCGGUUUGGGUUUCGCAAGAAUUUUCCUUAUACGUUUAAGACCCAAAUAAGGAUUGAAUUGGAAAUUCAAUCAUGAGACUGUGUAAUGUUCGCGGUUUUCUUUUCUUGACGGACACAGCUUUUUGCAGACAUUUCCUUCUAGUGCUCUGCAAAUUAGCUAGUGUUACAUACUAUUUACCUACUCGUAGAUUCUCCAAUUUUCACGUGUACAUUGAUAAUUGUCCUAGACACUUUUUAAUCUAUUUUUUUUCAACUCUUCUUGAGGCAAUUUGUAUUCUUCACUGACUUAUUUUUUCAUUCACUUCGCACUGUCAGAUAUUUUUAAAUUCCAUUCGAUCAACACUGUGAAAGGUAUCCAACAAUUUCGUGGAGGGUAUCUUCUCUUCCUUUUCUUUUUUUUUUUUAUAUUUGUUACAUUAUUCUACACAUGGAAGUUCCUAUUAAAGGAUUGCGUUCGCUGCAAGAAUUCAAUCUUGCAAACAAAUCGUUUUCGCAAACUGGAAUAUAGCUAUUUCCUAUUUUUCAAAUACAUUUUUUUAUUUAAGAUCAAUUCUUUUAUUCGUUUUGUACCAUCGGCAAGUCUGUCAUACUCUAUUUUGGUAUUAUCUUACUUCUACGAUAGCGUAACAGCGAUUCAGCCAACUACCUUGAUAUAUCCGCUAAACAUUUUCUCUGAAGGAGUGAUAUAAUGAAGGGGAAAAAAUAGAUAUGUUAUAGCUUGCAGCAGUCAGAGUUAAGCAAAUACUUUAUUCUUAUUAAUUAAAAUUGAAGAAAAAAAUUGUAUUAUAAAUAAUAAAGCAGUUUCGUACGAA